ACGCGCGUUACCUCACACACAAACCAAACGUGAAACAAGCAACAUGUCUCUCUUGCCUUACUUCUUCGACUACGAGCCUCGUUGGCCCCGGCGCCUCCUCGACCAGAACUUCGGCCUUGCCAUUACACCCGAAGACCUUGUCAAUGCCGCUACCAGCCCAGUAAUCCCUCGCCUCAAGCCCUGGUGGCCUAAAGACGCCGGUUCCUCAAUCAAGGCUGAUAAAGACAAAUGGCAGAUCAACGUGGACGUCCAGCACUUCGCGCCCGAUGAAAUAACUGUCAAGAUCGCUAAUGGAUACAUUGUGAUUGAAGGCAAGCAUGAAGAGAAGCAAGACGAACAUGGUUUCAUCUCUAGGCAGUUUGUGAGGAGAUUCAAGUUGCCCGAGGACAGUAACCCUGAUUGCGUCGAAUCUAAGCUCUCGUCUGAUGGUGUGCUGACUGUCAUUGCUCCGAGGAAGGCGGAUAUGCUUAAGGGUGAAAGAGCAGUGCCUAUCACACACACUGGACCAGUGAGGAAGGAAAUUGUUGACGAAUCUCCUAAACAGGAGAAGUGAAGGAAUCACGCGAUGUCACGCAAUGUUAUUCCCAUAUGAGACUGCUUUUUAUGUAACAUUUUUAUUAUAUUUUUAAUAUAACAUUUUAUAUCUU